AUGUCUUGUUUUAGCAGACAUAGGUCAUGGAAUUCACCCCAAUUUCAUGGAAAAACACCAUUGCCCAGCAUUGAACAAACGCCUUGUGAUAAACAACUAUGCAAACCAACACAAAUGCUAAAACCUAUAGCCUUGCAACUCAGGACGAAGCAAUUCAUACAAACCAUUCAUCUUCCAACCACUACAGUGAUAAAGGGUAAUUUCGGAAUACAAAAUUCACCAACGGAUUCCAUUCCGAAAUCCGAAUGGCAAAAUUACUUCUUUGGCAACACUUUUGGAAGCGAGUUGAAACCGUAG